AUGAGCGGACAAAACGAGGAUACCCGCGUCUUGGGUUACGAGCCUCUGCUUUCGCCCGAGUUCGUUCAGUCCGAGAUUCCUUCUAAUGAGCACUCCAUUCCUACCGUCCGCGCUGGCCGCAACCAGGCCAUCGAGAUCAUCGAACAGCGCGAUGACCGCCUCCUAGUCAUCGUUGGCCCUUGCUCCAUCCACGAUCCCGAAACCGCUCUCGAAUAUGCUUCCCGCCUCAAGGAGCUCUCUGCUCGCCUCUCCUCCGACCUCUGCAUUAUCAUGCGCGCCUACCUCGAGAAGCCCCGCACAACUGUCGGAUGGAAGGGUCUGAUCAACGACCCGGACAUUGACGAGUCCUUCAACAUCAACAAGGGUCUUCGCGUCUCCCGGAAGCUCUACGCUGACCUCACAGGCAUGGGUAUGCCCAUUGCUAGCGAGAUGCUUGAUACCAUUUCCCCGCAGUACACCGCGGAUCUUAUCUCUCUCGGUGCUAUUGGAGCCCGUACCACCGAGUCUCAACUGCACCGUGAGCUCGCGUCCGGUCUCAGUUUCCCCAUUGGUUACAAGAACGGCACAGACGGCAACCUUACCGUCGCAAUUGACGCCAUUGGCGCCGCUUCUCACCCCCACCGCUUCCUAGGUGUCACCAAGCAGGGUCUCGCCUCUAUUACCAAGACCACUGGUAACCCGCACGGCUUCGUGAUUCUUCGUGGAGGAAACAAGGGCACUAACUACGACCGUGAGAGCAUCAAGGGCGCUCGCGAGGCCCUGCGCAGCAAGAAGCAGCGUGAGAUCGUCAUGGUUGACUGCUCGCACGGCAACUCCAACAAGAACCACCGCAACCAGCCUCUCGUUGCCAAGGAAGUCGCUGACCAGCUCCGAGAGGGUCAGGACGCUAUCAUCGGUGUCAUGAUCGAAUCCAACAUCAACGAGGGUAACCAGAAGGUUCCCCCCGAGGGCCCCUCCGCUCUCAAGAAGGGUGUCAGUAUCACUGAUGCCUGCAUCGACUGGGAGAGCACCGUCACUGUGCUGGAAGACCUGGCCGAUGCCGUCCGUGCCAGGCGUACCGUCAAGUCACAAGCUAACGGCACUGCUUAG